AUGAAUAGCCGCAUGGACUUUACAGACCGUGCUCAAAAGGCUGUGGAAGAUGCCAUGGCCUUGGCUGAGCAAUACGGUCACUCUCAACUUGUCCCGGUUCAUCUCGCUGUCUCUUUGCUCGACCCUCCCGCGGACCCUUCAAAAGACCAGCAAAAUGGUCCUCCUCCCACCAGCACGCUCUUCCGACAAGUGGUAGAGCGAGCACAUGGCGACCCUCAACUCUUCGACCGGGCUCUCAAGAAAACUCUCGUUCGACUUCCUAGCCAGGAUCCACCACCUGAGCAUGUCUCUCUAUCCCCUCAAUUUCACAAUGUGCUAAGAAAGGCUAUGGACUUGCAAAAGGUGCAGAAGGAUACCUACAUUGGCGUCGACCACCUCAUCACUGCGCUGUCUGAGGAAUCAACCAUCCAAGUGCCUUUGAAGGAAGCCAACGUCCCCAAGGCUAAACUGAUCCAGGAGGCAGUGCAAGCUAUUCGCGGAACCAAGCGAGUCGACAGCAAGACUGCUGAUACCGAGGAAGAAAACGAAAACCUAGCCAAGUUCACCAUUGACAUGACUGAAAUGGCACGGGAGAAGAAGAUUGAUCCCGUCAUUGGUCGAGAGGAAGAGAUUCGAAGAGUCGUUCGAAUCUUGUCCCGACGUACCAAGAACAAUCCUGUUCUUAUCGGUGAGCCUGGUGUGGGAAAGACCACCGUAAUUGAAGGACUUGCUCAGCGAGUGGUCAACCGAGAUGUCCCCGACAACCUGAAGUCGUGCAAGCUACUCUCACUUGACGUUGGUGCACUUGUUGCUGGUAGCAAGUACCGAGGAGAGUUCGAAGAACGAAUGAAGGGUGUCUUGAAGGAGAUCACCGAAUCCAAGGACAUGAUUAUCUUGUUCGUUGAUGAGAUCCACCUUUUGAUGGGCGCUGGUUCGUCUGGUGAGGGAGGCAUGGACGCUGCAAACCUUCUCAAGCCCAUGCUUGCUCGUGGUCAAUUACACUGUAUUGGCGCUACCACCCUCGCCGAAUACCGCAAGUACGUCGAGAAGGAUGCUGCCUUUGAACGUCGAUUCCAGCAGGUUAUUGUCAAGGAACCCAGCAUUCCUGAGACAGUUUCCAUUCUUCGAGGUCUCAAAGAGCGAUACGACCGACACCACCGUGUUACCAUCCUUGAUAGCGCUCUGGUAGCUUCUGCCAACCUGGCUGCUCGUUACCUCACAUCUCGACGACUACCUGACUCAGCCAUCGACCUUGUUGAUGAAGCUGCCGCCGCUGUUCGUGUCGCUCGAGAGUCUCAGCCCGAAAUUAUCGAUUCUCUUGAGCGAAAGCAUAGGCAGCUUAUGAUUGAGAUCGCCGCUCUCGAGAAGGAGAAGGAUGAGGCAUCUCAAACUCGUCUUGCUCAGGCUCGCAAGGAUGCUAAGAACGUUGAGGAGGAGUUGCAGCCCCUUCGCGAAAAGUACCAGGCUGAGAUCAAGCGCAGUGAAGAAAUUCACCAAGCCAAGCUGAAGCUUGAUGACCUCGAGAAGCGACUUGAGGAUGCAAUGAACAAUGCUGAACAUGCCAAGGCUGCCGACCUUAAGUAUGGUGCUAUCCCCGAACAGGAGGCUGUCAUCAAGGAGCUCGAGGCUCGCAAGGCCGCUGCUGACGCUGCUCUUAAUGCCACCGCUCCUACUGAUGCAAUGGUCACCGACAUUGUCACAGCAGACAACAUUAACGAGAUCGUCUCUCGCUGGACUGGCAUUCCUGUCACCCGUCUCCGCACUUCUGAGAAGGAGAAGCUCAUCCAUAUGGAGAAGGUACUCGGCAAGGUCGUCGUUGGUCAGAAAGAAGCUGUUGGGUCUGUCGCUAAUGCCAUCCGACUCCAACGUUCUGGCCUCAGCAAUCCUAACCAACCACCUAGCUUCUUGUUCUGCGGUCCUUCGGGUACCGGAAAGACCCUCCUUACCAAGGCACUGGCGGAAUUCCUAUUUGACGAUGCCAAGGCCAUGAUUCGAUUCGAUAUGUCCGAGUACCAAGAGCGUCAUGCACUCAGCCGCAUGAUUGGUGCGCCUCCUGGAUAUGUCGGUCAUGACGCUGGUGGUCAACUGACGGAGGCUCUUCGCCGCAAGCCAUUCUCAAUCCUGCUCUUCGAUGAGGUUGAGAAGGCAGCCAAGGAGGUCCUUACUGUACUUCUUCAACUUAUGGACGACGGCCGUAUCACCGAUGGCCAAGGCAGAGUUGUUGAUGCCAAGAAUUGCAUCGUUGUUAUGACCUCUAACUUGGGUGCAGAAUACCUUGUUCGACCAGGCGUUAAAGAGGGACGUGUCGACUCCGGUACUCGGGAGUUGGUCAUGACUGCCCUUCGCAACUACUUUUUGCCCGAAUUUCUCAACCGUAUCAACUCGGUUGUCAUCUUCAACCGGCUUACGCGCAAGGAGAUUCGCAAGAUUGUCGACAUCCGUCUGCAAGAAAUCCAGAAACGACUGGAAGAUAAUGGGCGGAAGGUGCAUAUCGACGUGUCAGACGAAGCAAAGGAUUACCUUGGGAAUAGCGGUUACUCGCCAGCUUACGGUGCCAGGCCUCUGUCUCGUCUCAUUGAGAAGGAGGUUCUUAACCGCCUCGCUAUCCUCAUUCUGCGCAACAAUAUCCGCGAUGGAGAAUACGCUCGUGUUGAACUCAUUGAUGGCAAGAUUGUGGUUCUGUCCAAUCAUGAUGACAGUGAGAACGGUGAAGAUGAAGACAUGAUAGACGAGGAGGAUGCGGUCGAUGAGUUGGUGGACGACAUGGAUCAGGACAUCUACGAUUAA